AUGGCUCUAGUUCAGACCAAGAUCGCGCGCGCGUCGUCAAUUUUACUGAGACUCGUCAGCUAUUUGUUUCUUCGAUGGGCUCUUGUUCCUUUCUUCCCAGAAAUAGCUUUUACGCUGUUCGCAGUCUAUGUUCCGUCCUUCAUCGCAAGCUACCGUAAGGAGUCGGAGUACCAGAUAGUCGACGAGAUUGACGUGGAGGUAACCGAGACUACGUUGAAAGACGAGGGAUCUACUGAGAAUGGGGGUCCCUCAGGCGAUGACUCCUGUCCGGUUCUGGCCGAGGAGGUUGAGAUCGAAGAGACCGUUUCUCUGGAGGAGCGUCCCUUGGCGCCACUGAAGACCCUGCUUCUCGGGGCUCCAAACCCCCGAAGCCUAUUGCUCUCUAGCGCAACUUUCCUCGUCAACCUCCUUUGUGUCGGUAUGGUUGCCGACCGGCUCUUCCGGGAGCAUUCUCACACGGCCAAGGAUCUCUCUUUCGUCAGGCUCGGCUACGUGUCCGAUUCGGAGGCCAAGCUGCUGAUCAGGGAGCCCGAUCAGUCGAAGAUGCCCGUCACCGUCGAAAUUCACAUUAAGGAUCCCGUAUCCCCCUUCGACAAUCCUCUCUGGCAGACGGCUGGUGGGAUCAGGUGGACAACAAACGAAACCGACUAUACCACAGUCCUGGCCGUUCCCUUGACGCAUUCAAAGCAACGCACUUAUGAGUGGAGAACUUCCAACAACCAUUCGGGGGAGUUCACAGCUCCACCAAAAGCCGGUCACACAACGGAACUCCAGGACGGACAAUUCACGUUUCUUUCGACGUCUUGCAUCGUGCACCAGUUACCAUACAAUCCCUUCGAUCAUCCUCUUGCCAUUCCUGGUCUGAGGCAUCUUGCCAAGGUCCUGCCAACGCUUAGGGCGCAGUUCAUGUUGUUCCUCGGCGAUUUCAUCUAUGUUGAUGUCCCACGAUGGUGGGGCAAGGAAAUCGAGGACUAUCGUGCCAAGUAUCGUCAAGUCUAUGCCUCCCCUGACUGGGCUGCCGUAGGCCAGAAUUUGAGCUGGAUCCACGUCCUGGAUGACCACGAGAUCUCGAACGACUGGUCCUCCAACACCACCGGUGUCUACAAGACGGCCAUUGACCCCUGGGAUCACUAUCAAAAGGCAGCAAACCCGCCCCCGGCAAAGCAGGCUGGCUCCUGGACAGCGCGUCGCACCGCAACCUACUUCGACUUCACCCAGGGCCCGGCAAGCUUUUUCCUGCUCGACACGCGCACGUAUCGCUCGAGCAACUCUCUCCCGGCAAACGACACGGAGAAAACCAUGCUGGGCGCCGAGCAGCUAGAAGAUUUCCUCGCAUGGCUAAACCGCCCCGAACCAAAGGGCAUCAAGUGGAAGAUCAUAGCCUCCUCGGUCCCAUUCACCAAGAACUGGCCGGUCAACGUCGAGGACACGUGGGGGGGCUUCCUCUCGGAGCGGCGGGAGAUCCUCGAGGCCAUGUGGGAUGCGGGCGGCCGCGGGGUCGGCGUCGUCGUCCUGUCGGGCGACAGGCACGAGUUCGCGGCCACGAAGUUCCCGCCGCCCGCCGCGUCCCGCUGGCCCGAGUCGGCCACGGUGCAUGAGUUCUCCGCCAGCCCGCUGAGCCAGUUCUACUUCCCGUACCCGACGUACAAGCAGACAGAUGGCGAGGAUGUCAUGAUCAAGUAUAUCUACAAGGGGAACUCCAAGUUUGGCGCCAUCACCAUCGAGACUCUCGAACAGGGCGACCAGAGCAGCCUCAAGUACCGCCUGUUCAUUGACGGGGUCGAAACGUGGAACACGGUGGUGCUCUCACCACCUACGGGGGAGAGGAAGGCGGGUUCGUUUUGGGAUAGGCUUAGGGGCAUCUAG